GCUAGCUAGCUGCAGCAUGCAUAGCAUACAUAUAUAUAUAUGCAGAGAAGAGCUACACGUUGACGAAUUCGAGCCAUAAAUCUGAUCAGGUUGAAGUGGUGUGAUCUUGGUAAGAUUGGUGGAUGUUUCUCCGUGCCGUUGGUAAGCAUCUUGCCGCCUCCUCCUUGAGUUGUCGUCCUACCUCCGUCUUCUCCCUUCUGACUGCCUCCCUUUUCGUGGUACGCACCUUGUGUAGCGGGGGCAAGCGUGCGUUUAUGUGCGGGAAUUCGGCAUCCAGCAUGGCCAAACCCGUCGUUGUGCAAGCCAGUGGACCGCACACUGCAUCUCUUAUUUUUCUGCAUGGGCUUGGUGACACAGGGCAUGGAUGGGCUGCAGGUUUCGAAGACAUAGGAAGAUCAACCAAUCUACAGCACGUGAAAAUCAUAUGUCCCACAGCACCUACUAUUCCUGUGUCGUUAAACAUGGGGAUGGCAAUGCCGGCUUGGUUUGAUAUUAGAAGCCUCAGGUUUGACGAUAAACAAGAUGAAGCCAGAAUUUUAGAAUCAAGUCAACUUUUAAACAGUUUAAUCGAAGAGGAAGAGAAGAGCGGCAUUCCCAGCAAUCGCAUUGUUAUUGGAGGUUUCUCACAAGGGGGCGCUAUUGCCUUGUACACGGCCCUUACCACCGAGCGUCAACUCGGCGGCAUCCUUGCACUCAGCACGUGGCUGCCUUUACAUGAACAAUUUCCUGAGAGACUUGCUGGUUCAAGCCUGGACUGCCCUGUCUUACAGUGCCAUGGUGAUGCAGAUCCAGUCGUUAAUUUUGCCUUUGGCCAGAUGACGAGGGAGAAGUUGAAGACGAUCUGCAGCAACCACACUUUUCAUAAGUACAGCGGCUUGGGACACAGCAGCUGUCCUAAAGAAAUGGACGAUGUUCGGGAUUUCCUGGUUAGCGUUCUGCCGAGCCCUUCAUCCAAGAAUUGACAUCUAUCCUGAGCCAUCUUGUUUAAAAGACUGGCGUUAAGUUGGAAACUGGACCAUUCACAGGGCAUUAGUUGAUUCUGUCCUCUUCUCUUCUCCAUGAAGAAACAUCUGGUGCGUAAUCUGUUUUUCUUAAUUUUCACCAAUACAUGCAUAAAUGUAUAUUGAAAAUCUGAUUCUGUUGACUGCAUCCUGGGAGAACUAGGCUAAGUUUUAAUUCAAUUAAUUUACUUCAGUUUAACCAAGAGAAUAAGAAAGGGUCGUUCUUUUCACAUGGGAAUGCAAGUGCGAGCAAAGGUCGUAUUCAUAUUUCAGCAAGCAAUUUUGUUGUAAUAUUAUAGGUACAUUUAUAAUUGUGAUUGCUUAUAGUGGGUUCUAUGUGUACUGACUGGCAUUCCUUAGCAAUGAUACAAUGGUUUACGGUUUCAAAAGAGGGCAAUAUGUUGUGUGGAACAUGACAAUACUAUAACGAAGGUAACGAACCUUAGUUGAGAGGCAUGGAAGAUCUCACAAAUUCAGCAUCUCCGUACACCGACAUUUUCUUUGUUUAAUGCAUUGUUAUUCCGUUGUAGGCAAGGCCUAUUCUGUCGUAGUGAAAAUGUAAAUAUCUAUCUAAAAUAGAGUGUAUAGUGUAGGGGUGUGCAUUUACAGGUUGUACAGGAACCGGGGACCCGAUUGGAAAAAAAACACGGGUACUUAGGCCAAAAAAAAAAGUUUCCGGUUUCUGGUAUGCGCGCACGUCGCCGUAGCCAUGUGCGUCGGCAAAAUGAAAAAGGUUUUU